UGAAAUUAUAAAGAAAAAGACAAUGACGAUACCUCGAUUACGAAUAUUCAUUGUUUAUUGUUAACGAAGAUGAUGAUGAUGGAAACGAAUACAAAAAUGAGCCAAACAUCGUCGACGACGACAAAACAUUGGAAACGUUGUGAAUUUUGUACAACGAAUGGUGAUGAAACAACAAUAAUAUUUUCAUCACCAUUUCAUUUUGGUAAUCAUUUACGUACAUAUCAUAGUAAAAUUGAAGGUGGUUCAUAUGUUUGUUCAUAUGGUUCGAAUGGUAUGUGUCCAUUAUUACCAUAUGAAGGUUUAAAUGGUCGUGAUUAUGAAACACAUAUUGCUAAAUGUCAUAUAUUUCCUACGGGAACAUCCACAUCCAAAUCCACAUCUAAAUCGAACGAUGUUUCAUCAUCAACGAAAAAUGUCAAACAAAUCAACAAACUUAAUGAUAAUCAAAACUGUGAUGAUAAUGAUAAUGAUUUUCCUCGACCAUCGUCGACGAUUAUUCCAACUACUGGAUCAUUCCUGGCCAAUCAACCAUCGAUCAAUGAUCGACCAAAUGUUAUUGAUAAUAUUAAUUGGAAUGUAUUUUCGGCAUCACAAGAUUUAACAUCAAUUCUAAAUGACCCGUAUAAACCAAGAAGUUAUUAUGAUAAUUUAUUCACUAAGGAUUGGGGAGCGAAUUUCAUCGAUACCGGACAUGUUCCAUCAUAUGCAAUGGUAAAAAAACCAUCGCGGUUAAUAUUUGAAAAUUAUAUGAAAAAAAUCCAAAAACGUAAACGUUCUAUACCCGAAUCUCAUCACCAUCGAUCACAAUCAUCAUCAACUUUUGAAUAUCGUUCGGAUGAUAGUGCGGGUGAUUCAAUUUCUGGUCGAUUAGUACCACGAUUAUUUUUCGAUCCAGAUUUCAACCUCGAUAAAUCGGAAACAUUUCAACAAUUAAUAAGAUUGUUUGUGAAUAGUGAUAAUCAACAACAACAACAAAUCGAUAAUAAUGAUCAACAAUUUGAUUUAGAAUCAUUAUUUCAAACAAAAUCAAUGAAUGAAAUACAAAAAUUAUUAAGUGAAUAUUUGGAUAUUGUUGAACAAGAUCUUUCACAACAAAUUGGUCAUCGUUCACAAGAUUUUUUCCAGGUAAUGUCAUCAAUGGAUUUAAUAAUGGAAAAACUGAAAGAUUCCAUACGGCAAGUAACACAAAUCCGUCAGGUUUGUCAUCAACUUAAUGAUUCAUUAAUCAAACCGGUUCAAUUAAUUAAUGAAUCAAAUCGAUUACGAACAAAAUAUCGUGAUGUUUUCAAAAAAAUCAAUUGGAUCGCUACUGUACAUCAAACACAACCAACUAUUCAAUUAUUGCUAUCAAAAAAUGAUUAUGCCGGUGCAUUGGAUUUGAUUUCAACAUCGGAAGAAGUUGUUGCACAAGAAUUAAAUGGUGUUAUUAGUCUUCGAUAUCUACGGUUACAAUUGAUGGAAAUUGAAAAGGUUAUCGAACAAAUGUUGAAUGAAGAAUUUGUUAAAUAUUUAACUGCCGAAUGGAAUCGACCAAUGAUCAACAAUGGAAACGAUGACCAAAAUAAUGAUGAUAAUUCAUAUGAUUCACAAAAGGAGAAAUUUUUAUCCAUUAUUUAUGGUAUGCUAAAGCUACAACGUUUUAAUUUUAUCGAUACAUUUCGUGAAGAAGCAUUUACAGCUAUAAAAACUAGUGUAAAACAAACGGUUAUUGAAACAUUAUCGGCUGAAGAUAAUAUUGAAGUUGCUCGAAUUGAUUCAAGUCUUUUUGAUCAAUUAAAAUUGCUUUGUUUUGAUAAAUGGAUUGGUUGUUUGAUCACCGUAUUCGAACGUUUAAUUAUUUUACUUCGUCGUGUACGUUAUGUUUAUGAUGUUAUUAAUGAUGGAUUUGUUACAAUGACUUAUAAUAGCAAUAAUUCUUCGUUAACUUCGACAAUCGAUGAUUUACAAUUUUGCCACGAUUCAAAAGAUGAUAAUCAAAAUGAUGGUGGCCAUGAUAAUAAUGAUGGUACUAAACUAAUUCUACCAAUCGAUUAUUAUGAUCUAAGUUCACGGUUAAAAGAAAUUCUACAUUCAAUUUGUGAUUUUGCACAUAGCCGUACAGCGAAUAUUAUUGAAUUAAGAUCAAAUGAUGGUAGUUUGGAUCGAUUUGAUUCUGGACAAUUUCUUCAACUAACCGAAUCAAUUGAAUCAUUUUGUAAUGAAUGUGAAAUUGUUUGCGGUCGUCGUAGUCCAAAUUUGAAAUUGGUUAUACAAAUACAAUCAAAUAAAUUUGUAUCAAAAUUUCAUGAUGAACGUAAAAGAAAAUUACGACAAUUAUUAGAUUUAGAACAAUGGAAACCAGUGAAUACGAUUAGUGUACAAAUUCAACAACUUUAUCAUCGAAUUAUUAUGGUGGAUGAAUAUGAUGAUCUUAUACAAAUUUAUCAAGAUUUUAAAAAUUCUAGAUUUAAUUCCGAAGAUUCGUCAUCAACGACGUCUUAUGUAAUGUUAAAUGGUGAACGUUUUGUUAUUGUAAACACUGUGAUUAAUUUUGUCUAUAUGAUUAUUGAUUAUUGUCAACUUGGUCAACAAUUUGGUUCAACACUAAGUCCAGAUAUAUUUAUGCGUUUGAUUGAUUUGCUAAAAUUAUUCAAUUCAAGAACAUCACAGCUAAUUCUGGGUGCUGAAGCAUUACAAGUUGCCGGUUUGAAAACAAUAUCCGCAAGAACAUUAAUAAUAUCAAUGCGUUCAUUAAUUUUUAUUCAACGUUUCCUACCACGUAUUCGUCAUCAUUUUCAACGUCUGUUGUCGAAUAAAACAUUAUCGAUGCUUAAACAUUUGGAUGAAUUGAAUGAAUUAUAUGUAAAUCAUUUGGAUAAAAUACCGGAAAAAAUUAUCAAUUUAGUACAUGAUGUUAUUGAUGUACACAUUAGGAAUAAAUGGGUUGCUAAAGCACCAAUACCAUCACAAUCAUUUCAAAUAAUUUCCCAACAUUUAUCCCGAUUACAUGAUAAUGUUCAAGAUAUUCUGCCUGCCGAUGAUUUACAAAAAUUAUUUCAAAAAAUUCAUUCCAUUGUUAUUGAUAUUUUUCGUGAACAAUUAAUUCGUUUAAAAAUUAUGAAUGAUGGUGGACCACAACAUGGGCUAGUCACACAAGAAUUGGCAUUCUAUACACAAAAUAUGAGAAAUCUAUCGAUUGGUAAACAAUUAAAUUUAACCUAUAAUGAUUUAUGGUUAUCAUCAUCAUCGUAAUUUGAUUUUCGUAAACAAAAAAAAAAGGUUUCCAAAUUCAAUAUUCAAUAUUAAA